AUGGCGCGAGGGCUGGGCAUCGCGAACACGGUGUUCGCGGCCACGGGUCGCGCAUCCGGGGGAGGCAAGAAGACCGCUAAGGUUGGCCCCCAACCAUCGUCAUCUCCCGGGAAUAACCGUCGCGGAGCAGGGCAAGGGGCGUCUUCGGGCGGCCGAGGAGGCGGAUCGCGGCCGCGGGGCAAGCCCGCACGUCUUCCCCCGCCGCCGCCCGUCGAUCCUGGCGUCGCGCCCGCGGGCAUGCGACGCAGGGUGAGCGUCAAGACCUCCACCAAGGGCGAGUCGCCUUUCGCCGAUCUCCGCGGGGGUGGCGCGCUGCUCUCGCCAGCCGCGCGCAAGGACCCCGCGCGCGCCGAGGAGGAGCGCAGGCGCCUGUGGGAGCGACUCGGCGCGUCCGCCACCGGCUCGGGGAACGCGCCCGCGGGGUUCGCGCACCUCCUCGACCCGGGCGCCAAAGCGAUGACGCAGGGAUCGGGCCGGGGCGAGGAGGGGACCAGGGCCCGGGGAUCGUCCCGCGCCGUCCUCCGAGUCGGGUACACGGCGCACAGGGAGAAGUUCGCGCGCGCGCUCAGGCUGGAGCUCGAGGAGGAGAUGGCGAGGGCCAAGGAGCGCCUGGAGACGUGGCCGGUCGACCGCAUCCGCCAGGAGGGCUACGCGCUCUUCGGGCUCCGAGCGAUGCACGAGGGGACGCUGCAAAAAGACGCCGUCGUCCGAGUCCUCGUCCCUCGACACCAAGUUGCCGGUUCGAAUGCCGCGCCGGACGUUCCCGCCGGUUCGAAUGCCGCGACAGCACCACCGACGCCCUCGUCCGUGGACAGGACGAGGAGGACCCUCGCGAUGGGCGCCGAGCUACCAUUUCACCGCUUCGCGCAGGGCGACAUGGUGACGCUGGUGGAAGGGGACGAGUGGGACGGGAACGGAAAGGGCGGAGUCCAGGGCGUGGUCGUGGAGCGGGCGAUGCACUUUUUGAAGGUGGCGGUGGACGAGGACGACGAGGCGGCGCUGCUGGACGCGCGUAAGCUCCGAAUGGAUCUCAGCGCCAACACCAUCACCCACGACAGGGCUCUCGCCGCGCUCGUCGCAUUCUCCGAACCCGGGGGCAUGCCCGGCCUCGCCGCCGCGCCGGGGGGUAAGCGUCUCAGCUCCACGGCGUACGCGCCGUUGCAGCGCGCGCUGAUCGGCAUCCCCGACGGAAACGGAACCCUGGAGGCCAUCGCGUGUGUGCCGCCGCCGUGGGGCGGGAAAGACGCGCUCGCGAAGACGCUGUCGCCCGCGCUCAAGCGCACGGACCACGCGAAACUCAACCCCUCGCAAGCCGCCGCGGUGAAGCGCGCGUUCGGCCGGACCCUGUCCGUGUGGCAGGGGCCGCCGGGUACGGGCAAGACGCGGACGCUGAUGAGCUUCAUCGAAGGGGCGGUCGAGCUCGCCAGGGCGCAGGGUGUGACGGGGGGGUCUAAGAAGACGGGGCCCAUCGUCUUAGCCUGCGCGGCGUCUAACGUCGCGGUUGAUAACAUCCUCGACGGGCUCGUCAGGGAACGCGAUACAGACGACGCUCAAGGGCUCAAGGGCCAAAGGGCGAAAGAAGGGCUCAAGGUUGUCCGACUCGGCUCCCCGGCGAAGGUCCAGCCCUGGCUCGAGAGUCACACCCUGGGCGCCCUCGCCGCGAAGACACCGAUUGGGAAAAAGGCGGCUUCGCUACGCGAGCAGGCGCGAGGCGAUUACUCCCCGCGCGGCGCCGCGGCGAGGCGGCAGGCGGCCGGGAUGGAGCGCGUCGCCUCCGAGCAG